AUGGAUACUCUACGGAGAAGCCUCUCCCGGUGGAAGAAAUACCACAUCAAGGUCCAUAUUUCAGAGGAGGAUUUGCUGCUCCCCCUAACCGUACGGCCCACGGACACCAUGAUGGACCUCCGGGCUCAUUUGGUGCGGGAAGGAAUCACUUCCUGGAAAAGGACCUUUUAUUACAACGCCCGGCAACUUGAGGAGCAUGAGACGGUGAAGGAGGCCAAAAUCCAAAAUGGGUCUGUGCUGCUGCUCAUCAAUGACAAAAGAUAAUUCUCUCACGACUGGAGCUGAGGACAUGAGGAACGAGGGAAUGUGAUGGAGACCGAGAGGAAGCAGAUGGGAAGAGAAGUUGGCACCCGCAUCUUUGCUCAGUGCCCAUUUCUCAGCAUGUUCCUCGCCGCGUGCAAAUUUGGGGGGAGAGAGAGAGACGCGCUGGGUGAUGCGUUCUUUGGGAGCCUGAGGAACUGCCUGGUAUGGGGCCAUCAUUCAAAACGAAGAUUUUAUCUCUCCCUCAGAGAGGGGGCAGGUGGAAGUGAGAAUUCUCCAAUACCCCAAAGCCGCUAGAAAAUAUCCAAAGAUCUUGAGCAAGGUGGAGGCAAGGAAGACGGCUGGGUGUGCACGCCUCCACUCCUCAUUCCGUUCCAGCACCUUCCCCGGAAUGGGGUGUUGGUAACCCCAAUGCUACGUUUCGGAUGUUGCACUUGAGUCUGAGUCUCGGGGAGGAUGGGCCCUGCUGGUGCUGAGCCUCCUCCAAUUGGCUCUCGGGAGUUUUGCUGCUCACACACCCUCCGAAGCCGGUCUUUGGAGAACGCCUCCUUGCUGGAGGACCAAAACAAGUUUAGGCAGGGCGGUUUCGCCCAGCCGCUGCUGGGAAAAGUGGAAUUUCAGGCUCAUGGGGUGUGAGUGAGAGGGGCGGAGUGGAGGGUUUCAGUCUCCCACACAGAGAAGGAAGCUGGCUUGAGAGUGGGAGAGAGAGGGCAUAUCCCAGAGGAAAUAGAAUAACAGAAACUCAUUUCAAAAUUAAGAUGCCAUUCCUUUGGCCUCGACCUUGAAUCCAAUCCAAGAAAGAACAAUCCGAUUCAAUGAAAUCCGAUUCAGCAAUCCGAUUCAAUGACGUGGUACACCUCCAGUGAGCAGCAAUCUUUCAUUGGGAUGAAUUGGUAGCGUCAAGGUGGUACAAGCUUCUGGGUUCCACCAUACUCCUUGCCAUUUUUUUCAUGUUUCCUUGUUAAACAGUAAUAAUCAAAAUAAUCUCUGCCUAACCUACCUCAAAGGGCUGUUGUGAAGAUACAGUGACAGGGCAGGGGAGAGAACCUGGUAGGCCACCUGGUGCUCCUGGGGGAAGUGUGUCAUAAAAAGAAACAAUUGAUAUUUAUUUGUCUGUUAAGUGUUACCUUCUUUAUUUAUAUGUUAAAUCUGUAUCUUGCUCUGCCCCAUAGUAUUGAAGUGCCUUGUAGCAUUCAAAGAAA